AGUUAAUUAUUGAUACUCAUGUUGUUGAGCCUGCUGCCAGUCUACCCCUGUAUUGCUCCCUUUCUUGUAUUGGUAAUGUGACAGCCUACUCUUGAACAUUAACCUAUUAAGUUUUUCUUGAAUCGGUUAAACAUGAAGGCCACUGGUAUGAACAGCAACACGGUACACCCCUUCCAGUUCUAUUUCUGGGGCCCUUACAUCACAGACUAUUCCCACAUUGGGUGUUUUGAACGAGCAGUGUGUUAAAAGGAGGAGAUCAGGGCAGGGCAGCACUUCCAGUCAGUGGAUGGUUUUAUAUAAAAAGAAAGCAGAACAGGAGUCUACUGCCAGUAGCCUACAUGACAUCCACUCAGUUCUGGUUCAAGGAGAACCAAUAGUUUAGUUGUCCUGUGGGUUCAAUCCAAUCUUGGGACAUACAUGGGAUGAGAUGGGGAUCAUGAAAUUAGCACCCUCUGUAGCAGACUAUCGCAGCCAUCUAUUGUUACACAUGUGGUGUACUGUGGCCAGGGCUGAUCAGGAUGGAAAUUGAUGCCCGCUUCCGCUACUACUUCCAGCACCCCUGGUCUCGCCUGAUCGUGGCCUACCUGGUCACCUUCUUCAACUUCCUCGUCUUCGCCGAGGACCCCGUCUCACACAGCCAGACGGAGGCGCACAUGAUCGUGGUGGGCAACUGCUUCUCCUUCAUCGUGAACAAGUACCCCGGCGGCGCAUGGAACGCUCUCAAAGUCAUCAUGUGGCUGUUGGCCAUCAUCACCGGCCUGUUUGUGGGAAAGUUCUUCUUUCACAGACGACUGUUUGGUCGAUACCUGCGUCUGAAGAUGUUCCGGGAGGACCAUGGCUCCUGGAUGACCAUGUUCUUCAGCACCAUCCUCUUCCUCUUUAUCUUCUCCCACAUCUACAACCUGCUCUUGCUGAUGACGGGCGGCAUGGGUCCGCACAUGGUGACAGAGUACAUGGGCAUCAGGAAUGAGAGUUUCAUGAAGAUCGCUGCAGUGGGCACAUGGAUGGGAGACUUUGUCACAGCCUGGAUGGUGACGGAUAUGAUGCUUCAAGAUGAGCUGUACCCAGACUGGGGCAAAGCCGCCAGAAGAUUCUGGAAGAAAGGGAACAACAGAAUAGUCCUCUUCUGGACAGUGCUGAUUUCCCUGACGUCGGUGGUGGUGCUGGUCAUCAGCACGGACUGGAUCAGCUGGGACAACCUAAACCGCGGCUUCCUGCCCAGCGAUGAGGUCUCGCGCGCCUUUCUCGCCUCCUUCAUCCUGGUCUUUGACCUGCUCAUUGUCAUGCAGGACUGGGAGUUUCCACACUUUAUGGGUGACCUGGACAUGAAUCUUCCAGGAAUGCCCACCACUCAUGUCAAAGUGAGGCUUCCUGUUUGCAAGAAGUUCUUUAAGGAUGAGUAUCACAUCCACAUAACAGGCAAAUGGUUUAAUUAUGGGAUCAUCUUCCUGGUUCUGAUUCUCGAUCUCAACAUGUGGAAGAACCAGAUCUUCUACAAGCCCUACGAGUACGGCCAGUAUGUGGGCCCGGGGGAGAAGAUCUUCACCGUGGAGGAGCCGGAGACCCUGGUCAACUUCAACCGCAGCACGCUGACCUACGAGUGGCGCGCCAGCAACGUGGACCCGCGCACCAACAUCCCCUACGUCCACAGCGACAUGUUCCUGCACAGCCGCUACGUGGGCGCCAGUCUGGACGUCAAGUGCCUGGCCUUCGUGCCCAGCCUGGCCGCCUUCGUCCUGUUCGGGUUCUUCAUCUGGCUGCUCGGCCGCUUCCAGGACAGCGAGACCUUCCCGGAGAGCCAGGACAAGGCAUACGAGCGCAUCAAGCGCAAGUCGCCGUCCGACCUGGGCGUCACGCCCGAGGACGUGCACAUGUCCAUGAGCGAGUCUCUUAAGCGCAGCGGCACACCCAUGCUGUUGUCGGUGGACACACGCCACCACUUUGGCUCGUCCAACAACUCCAUCUCGCCAUGCUCCAACGACACGCAGGAGACCCAGCCCAGCAUUGCGGCGGACUGCACUGUCCCCGCCCCCACCAUUGAGGAGGAGUCGGCCACCUCGGACGUCAGCAAAUCGUCGUCGCCUUGACCUUACCACGGACCCGUUGGCAGUGGCAGCAUGGAUGCCAACAAGCCAGAGUGGCAUCCACUGGCAGAGUCACACACCUGUCUGUGGCUCUUUUGCUAGAAUCUUUUUUCUCUGCCUUGGCACAGCCUGUUAGCCUGGGCAGUCACUGGAGAGCUUAUCCUUCGCUACGUACCUCCAGAACAGAGACCUGAGCUGAGUCUCGGGGGACGUUGAUGCACAUCUUUACUCCCACUGAAGGUGUCUUUAAACACCCACAAACCCUGGCUGAUUUAUUUUUGUUUUCUAUACCUUGGGAAAAAAACUCUUUGUUUUCUAUACCUUGGGGGAAAAAACAUUGUACAUGGCGCCAAGUAUCUGAAGAAAAGAAAACUUCUUCACCUGAAGAAGUGGUGCUUUACAUUUACAUUUUGUAAGUAGGUAUAUCUUUUUUUACAAUAAUAUUUUGGUGCCUACAAGGAAAAAUAAUAUUUAUACUUAGAGUGCAUGGCAAAAAUGGUCAUGGCUAUUUUAUUGUACAUGUGAUCUAUUUCCGCGAAAAAGGUGUGCCUUGAGUUGUAACAUUCCAACUGAUGGGCAGCGUUGUCCAGUGUUGGAAGAAGAUGUCUCACAAUAUGUCUUAUGGUCUGUCAUGUUAUUGGUCAGUCUUCACCAUAUCACUUCCUGGGGAUUCGUUUGAUAUAUGCUUCUCACCUGCAUGGAUUGCUAGUGGCAAAUGCCUGUGAUUGCAUUUGGGGACACUGAGGAUUCAUUUGUAUGUUACAACAUUUGUCAUUUAUUCUGAGAACCCUGCGGUGUUAAUUUGUACUGUUACAUACAAUUACAUACAAGGUUGGGGAAUAAACCAAUCUGUAUUAUAAUAUGGAGAACACUUUAGAUCUUAAUCAUUUUUAAUUCUCCUGUUCUUUGAAAAGCGGCAUAUUACAUGAAGCAUGUAAGGUUUGCUUUGUACAGAUAUUAUGCACAAGCUUUCUCAAUGAUGAAUCUAAUGAAGGUGCUAUAAUCAGCUACCUACAAGUGAUGCAUUACAGACACCUAGAAGGCGUAACAUACUUUUUAGUACCAAGGGACAUCCAUCAUUGGACUUCAUUAUUUAUAAUUACAUGAAGAUCAUUCUUGGAGUUUAGUAGUCCAGUGUUGGUUAAUGAGAGAUGUUUACUAUAUCCAAUGCUCAUCCUGCAAGCUCAUUGGCUUUCUUCAUUAUCAGCCCAGUAAGUGGACCCAUCCAAAGAUGUAUGUAUGAACCUCUUCCACUAUAUAGUCCAUAUUGGUGCAUUAGAGGUGUACUUAUUUCCCCUCACAAUGAAAACACUAUAAAGGUUCUUUUAAAUAGUCUAACUUAUCAGUUUAUUGCAUAUUUAUGGAAGUUUCCCCCUUUCAAGUAUUUUUCCUUACCAAGUGUAUCAAAGGAUUAAAGCAUCCCAGGCACACUACUAGGCUGACAUUUUCAGAUGUUCUUAAACAUUAUUUGCAGUUUGUGGCAGCCGACCUUAGCAACAUUACUUCAUUCAUGUGUUUUUUUAAUGCAGGCAUAAUUUAUUAAAAUAAAGCUGUGUGUGUGAGUGUGAGUGAGUGUGUGUGUCUGUGUCCUGAGUCCAAUAAACUUACCGUAAUUUCCCGCCUAUUAACUAAGGUUUAUACAUUCAUGUUUUUUAAAAAAAAAAAAUCUUUAGCUAUGAUGUUAAUUCACAGGGGUGGGCUGUACAUGGGAAUUCAUUUAUUUUCUUCACUCUUCUCUUUGAUUAAAUCUGAUUCAUUGGGCACUGCGGUUAAUAUGCAAGUAUUCAUUUGCAUUUCAUUAAUCAUAUGGUUUAUUCACGAUGCAGGUAAUAGACAGAACAUUACUGUAUAAAAAGGUCAACUCUUCAAGUAUCAUCUAAAAUGAGUGGCUUAGACAUAUUCCUGGAAAAGUUAUGAGAGUGAUAAUAUAUAAGUAUACAAAAAACAAACUGAAAGACAUAAUAGUCUUGCUCACUAAAGAUGAACAGAAACCAUUCAUCAGAUUAAUUGUUGCUAGGUAUGUGGAGGAGGGGGCUGUGGCUGUUUUUUGUGUGAAUUAUGUCUGACCUUUUUUAGAUUUAUACAAUAUGUCUUUCUAUGUCUUUGGAAAGCAGAUAGUUGUAUUGAAGAGAGUUUUGGGCUUGUUAAAAAAUGCUGCUCCAAAACGCUAACAAGCAAAUACAUUGUGAUUUGUUUCCACCUUUUUAUCAACCAUUGUGCUCAUUUACUCUCUGUAUUGUUGAAUUGCUUGCUACAGAUUUCUUCUAUGUCCAGAGAUAGGUUAGUGUUUUUUACCAAUGUCCACACAUUUGUUUGGAACAGAUUCUCUGAGCUGUAAUGUCGCUUUCCUGAGGCUGAUUGUUAUUUGUGAUUGUGGUUGAGUUAGCAUUUGGAUUCCUAGAAGUAGUUGGGAAAAAAAUCUUCUCGGUGUAUGUUUCAUGCUUUUAACUGUUCACAUGUGUUGUGAAAUGUGUGGCUCUAUGUUUUACAAAGAGAGUUUUUGCCUGCUGAAAUUCUGUACUGUGUACAUUGACAUUGUUGGGGUUUUCUCUAUACCUAGAGAAAAUGCUGCAUGCCAGGUUUCAGUUGGAUUUCUGCCCCAUCUUUUGAGGUUUUCUCAUUCGUAUGAGGAUCCUACACUUCAUCUCCUUACUUAUAACUUAAUAGAUUGUGCACCAGUAUGAAUUAAGACAAAUCAUUGCCUUUACAGACAAACACUUCAGCAGCUUCAUGGUCCAGGAUACUGAAGUGUGUCUCAUGCUAAGCUUUUGUUUACUUGUUAUAAAAGUAGUUGGAAAUCUAUUUUGAAAACAGGUUUAUUUAUUUAUUGUGACUCAUAUAAUGAAUAUUGUUGCAUAUCCUGAUAUUCAAGUAUACUUCCUGGAUUUUUUUUUUUUUAAAUCAGUUACUGAUUAGAAAGUUGAUUUGUAUAUUAGUGAGUCCAUACUAGUUGAUGCAAUUGCCAAAUUAUGACCUGUGCAUGAGAUUCAGUUGCACUUGUGGGAGGUAUUUUUCUUACCUGUUUUCAUUUGAAAAGGUUAAUUUUCACUUCAAAGCCAUUGUCACUAUGCAUAAUAUUACAUAAAACACAGUAUUUGAUUGUUUUACAGAGUAUUUAUAUAUCUAUAUUUGUGUGUGUAUGUGUGUAACAGUGCCGCAAUUCAAAAUGAAUGUGAUAGCUCUUUCAGCUGUAUCCAUGUUGGUGUUGUACAUAGUGCAGGAAUGCCUGUGGUUACUGAUCCUUAGCAUUGUUUUACUGUUUUCUAAGGAGAGGUGACACUUUCUAAACACACUUGUGUAACAGUUGUCAGUGACAUACAUGUCAAAUACUGCUACCAAUAAAUUACAUUUUGCUACAUGCCAA